AUGCAGGUAAUUGCUUCUGGCUGGAACUGGAUGGCCGUCUUUGCUGUGCGGACUGACGGGGAUUCACAAGCAAACAUUGAGUGGAGAACGUUCAUCAUUUUCGUCAUUCUAAGCGUCCUGUUCAUACCCAUGGUCUACUUCUUCUACCCAGAGACCCAAGGACUCGAGCUGGAAGAUAUCCCGCUCCUGUUCACGAGAGGUGGUAUCACGGGCGGAGUUUACGCGACUGGUGGAAGAACAGUCCAACCAGGCCAGCAUGCCUCGGAAGCUCGCGUAGAUUCGAAGCAAGGCGACAUUCAGUUGGAUCAGCUUGAGGAGGUGAGGGCAUAA